AUGACCAUGGCCCUCAUGCAAUUACCAACGGAGUUGUUGCAACAAAUUAUCCCACACACCCUGCCAGAGGGAUUUGAGAGCCUAGCAUUAACAUGCAAAUUUCUCUACACACUGUGCACGCCCUUUCUCGAGCACCAUAACAACCUACGCUUUCAUUUCCGGAGGUUCGAAUACAACAAGACAAACAAGGACUUUAGAGAGUUUAGAUAUCAUCACGACCUGCUCCGGUUUCCUGAUACAGUGACCUCGGCGUAUAGUUUGAUUUCGCGAAUUGCUAUCGAACCAGCCGUGGGCCGCUAUAUUCUUGAGGCCGACUUUUCGUUCGAUAGUCACAGAUAUGACCGGCUUCCCCCGAGCAUCCGAGAGAAUGCGGGGUUUGAAACAUGCAGAGAUCGUGAUGAAGCUGUGCGUCAACUAUUCGCGGACUCAUUGUGCUUGAAUGAAGCAGGACUCGACUGGAAGGAAUACUAUAGCGCGAUGAUGGAAGAUGUCAACAGCUGGCGCCAAUCAGAGCAUGCUGCUGCCUUUGUUCUGACGCUUCUACCGAAUCUGCAGGUACUCAUGCCAGGCUUUUCCGGGUUCCGGUCACCUGCACCCCAAAAGGUCAUCACUACCGUCCUUCAGACUACCAGGCAAAAUCCACAUGGUAAUGCCAGCCUUGCCCAGGUCAGUGCAUAUAGUGGGAGUUGUGAUGUACCCUGGGUUCCUUCGCUCCUAGCUCUACCGCGCAUCAAAACGUUUUGGGGCCACGGAUACAUGGGCAAAGCCGAGGACGACAACUGCUUUGAGUCCAGAUAUCUGCAUACUGAUUUGGAUUCGAAGCUUGAGGUGGCAGGGUUUGAUGAUGCAUCCGUUGAUACUGUAGCUAUUGCAGGCUUUCUCAAACACACUCCGCGUCUCAAAUCAUUCACGUACUGGCAUUCAACUAAAGCCAACGGGGGACACCAAGUCUGGGAUUUCUGCGGAUUCAUCGCAGCAGUGCAGCGUGAGGUCGGGAGCCAUCUCGAGCACCUCUGUGCAAUCACUUUAGAACUACGCUGCUUGAUAAGCCCAGGGAAGCCAUACCUACGCGGUUUUCAGCGCCUCCGAAGUCUCGAGUUGCCGCUCGACAUCGUUCUUUGCAAUCUCAAGGCGGCAGAUCCAGCAUAUGAUGGAUCAUUCGACUCCAAUUCUAUACUUAGUGACAUAGUACCCGCCUCUCUCUCUGUUCUUUCCUUGUUAUCGCCCGGAAAGAGCCCCCACGACAAGGCUCUUGAGCUCCUCUUCCGUGACUUUGCCAGUCAGAAACAGUUCCAGACCCCAAACUUGAAGGAAAUCUCGUUGACGUGUCCUGAUGAUGCGGAUGAUUUAUACAAAGCACAGUGUGCGAACCUGGCAGUGGAGGCUAAGAGGGCGGGCGUGGAUUUGACGCUAUUAGAACACCCACGUCUAAUUUCGACCGUCGGCUUAGGCAAGAAUAUAUGCUUUCCGUCUUACUCAUAA